AUGGCCACGUCGCUCACCCGGGCCGCCGCCUUCCGGCGGGCGGCUCCCCUAUCCGCUCUCGCCUUGGCCUCGUCGGCCGGCCGUCUCGGACGUGUCGCUGUCGCCGCGCGCCUGUUCACGACCUCGUCCCCGGCGCUGCUGCCCUCGGGUUUCGCGAGCCCCAUGCCGUCGUACUUCCAGAAGCCCAGGCUGCCGGCGAAUACCAUCGUGCGCUUCGUCCCGCAGCAGACGGCCUGGAUCGUCGAGCGCAUGGGCAAGUUCAACCGCAUACUCGAGCCUGGCCUGGCGAUACUGAUGCCCUUCAUCGACCGGAUCGCCUACGUCAAGAGUCUCAAGGAAGUGGCCAUUGAGAUUCCUAGCCAGAGCGCCAUUACGGCCGACAACGUCACGCUCGAGCUCGACGGCGUGCUUUACACGCGCGUUUUCGAUGCGUACAAGGCGAGCUACGGAGUCGAAGACGCCGAGUACGCCAUCUCGCAGCUCGCUCAGACGACGAUGCGCUCCGAGAUCGGCCAACUGACACUGGAUCACGUCCUCAAGGAACGCGCCGCCCUGAAUACCAACAUCACCGCCGCCAUUAACGACGCUGCCGAGGCCUGGGGUGUCACGUGCCUGCGUUACGAGAUUCGCGACAUCCACGCGCCUGCCGCCGUCGUCGAAGCCAUGCACCGCCAGGUCACGGCCGAGCGCUCCAAGCGCGCCGAAAUUCUCGACUCCGAGGGUCAACGCCAGAGCGCCAUCAACAUCGCCGAGGGUAAGAAGCAGAGCGUUAUCCUUGCCUCCGAGGCCAUGCGCGCCGAGCGCAUCAACAUGGCCGACGGUGAGGCCGAGGCCAUCCUGCUCAAGGCGCGGGCCACGGCGCAGGGCAUCGACGCCGUCGCCCAGAGUAUCCUCAACGGCGAGGAGGGUGCCCGCGGCGCCGUGAGCCUGACGGUCGCGGAGAAGUACGUCGACGCCUUUGGCAAGCUGGCCAAGGAGGGCACCGCCGUCGUGGUACCGGGUAAUGUCGGCGACAUCGGUGGCAUGAUUGCCACGGGGCUCAGCGUCUACGGCAAGGUCGGCGAGGCGCAAGCCAAGUCCAUGGCUCAGAAGGCCAUGGUCGCCGAGUCUGGCGAGGCCAAGGCCAUCGAGCAGCCCGCGUCCGAGGAGGACAGAGUGGAGAGCAGGAAACGAGAGAUGAAGGAGAGCAUGCUCGACGGGUUCAACCAGACGGCAGCAAAGAAGUAG